AUUUAGGCGUAUGUGAACUAAAAAUGUUUGUGGAGCGAGUAUUUCAUUAUCACCAUCAUUUUACAUAUAGUUUAUAAAAACGUAUUGUACGGGAGGUAAAAACGCCAGUCUCUGUGCGAAAAAUAAGCUGCGGCGGCGCUUGUGUCGCUUGUUUCGUAAGGUAGCUGAAGUCAUUGUAAAGCUUUCUGAAGGAAUGGUGAUUCUGCUGGUAUCAUACUUUCUAAAAAGAAACUGGUAGGGAACUACAACUAUAUGGGAUCUACCAUUAUCAGCCGAAUCCAGCAGUACGGUUACAGUAUUACGAUUCUGCUGCGUGAGCUCAAAAUGCGACACGAGCGCCUCUUAAGUCAGAUAUAUUUUUUAUUCAUUUACUAGAGCGCGUUGGAUCUACUAAGAUAAUGAUAGGACGCACCGGCAUAUACACUUUGCUGGGGGCGUUGGGCUUGUGCUUGCCGUCGCUUCCUGCUCUUCUAUUUAUUAACCACGUCGUAACUUUUAAGCUGCGUUAUGUCUAUCAGGUGACACGAGCGGGAAGUUACGGAUUUAGAAAGGCAGCCCGCACAAAUGGCGGUUGCCGAGAGGACAGCGCGCUGACACCGUUCAACCAUAGGUUCAACCCCGGAAGAGGGGACGUUGCGAGCAGACGCUCGUUCCAUUUCCAAACCAGGGCUACGAUACCUAAUUGAGUAACGUGGAACUAGGACAGCCAUGGACGUGAACGCUUUGGAGGCCGAGGCCAAGGCGACGGCGAUCAAGCACAUCGUCACGAUGCUGCAAGUGCCCGAGCAGCUGGAAAAAGUACAGCAGUACAAGAAGCGCGUCAGCCGCAAGAAGGCGUCUGUUGAAGCCAUGCUCAAAACGGCGCUUCAGUCCCAGCUCGACGGUUUCCGGACCGCCCUGAAUCUGCAGAAGUCCAUCCCCGACGACCUGCUCGAAGUUCAGCGCAACCUCAACGAGGAUGUCCAGGAGAUCUUCAAGUCGUUGCCAGGGCUCACCGAGCGACUGCAGGAGGUGAAAGAAGAGAGCAUCCGCCACUCUCAGUAUGGAGCGGCCAUCGAGAACCUAAAGCACAUCUUCAAUGUCCCGGGCAGCGUGCAGAAGACGCAGGAGUUGAUUGCCAACGACAAGCUGCUGCAUGCGCACCAGGCCCUGUCCGAGCUGGAGAACUCGCGUGACGACUUGCUCUACGAGCUGCACAAACUGCCCAGCCAGAGCGUGACAGACCGCAACAUGCUCAAGCAGUACUUUGUGGAUGUGGAGAAGCUCUCAGAUGACUUGGGCAAGCAGAUCUGGCUGGUGCUGAAAAGGACGCUCAACUCGGUGCGCAAGGAACCGCAGGUGGUGGUGACCGCACUGCGCAUUAUCGAACGCGAGGAGCGGCGUGACCAAGCAGCGCUGGAGCGUCAGAAGUCCUCGGGCGGUUUCCUGCCACCGAGCAGGCCCAAGCAGUGGAGGAAGCGCUGCUUCGAGGUGCUGGAAAGUGCAGUCGAGGACCGCAUCGAAGGUAACCAGUUUGAAGACCGGCACGAGAACAAGAUGUGGCUGGUGCGACACCUGGAGGUAACAAGGCAGAUUGUCCUGGAUGACCUGAGGACCGUCAAGACUGUCUGCGCUCCCUGUUUCCCACCAGAAUAUGACAUCUUCAACAGGUAUGUACGCAUGUACCACAGCUGCCUGUCGCGGCACCUGCAGAGCAUCAUCGCCAAUGAACUGGAAGGCAAUGAGUACAUCACGGUGCUGGGCUGGCUGACGGUGUACACCAGCGAGGAGCUGAUGGGCCACCCCGACCUGGCGCUGGAUAAGGAGACGCAGGCCCUGGAGCCCCUGUUGGGCCGGCAGGACGUGCAGCAGCUGAUUGACAAGUACCUGGGCACCCUGGUGGCCAACUACCAGGACUGGCUGCGCAACGCGCUCCAGUCUGACGUCAAGGACUGGCACCGCGAGUGCGAGCCGGACAUGGACAGCCGGGGCUGCUACCACACCUCGGCGCCCAUGAUCGUCUUCCAGAUGGUCGACCAGCACCUGCAGGUCGCCAAAACGGUGGGGCCCGACCUGGUGCGCAAAGUGCUGACCAUCAGCCUAGAGCAGACGACCAAGUUUGUGGCCUCCUACAUGGAGGCAGUGACCGAGUUCCGGGACCGUCACUUCGAGAACCGCAAUUUGCGCAAGUUCUUCACCCAGUACGUCAUAGGCGUGGCCAACAACUGUCUCCAGUUCCGGCAACUCUUUGAGAAGUCCUACAGCGACUGCUGCAGUGGCCAGGGCGCCCUGGCCAAGGGAGACAAUGAGGUGUCUCAGGUCUACCACCGGCUGCAGCAGAGCUUGGAUCGGCUACAGGAGCGCGCCCUGGACUCGCUGCGCGAUGAGCUCUUUCUGGACCUCAACAAGGAGCUGACGGACGUGAUGACCCGCAAGUGGCUACUCACGGGUUCCAACAUCAUCGACACAGUCGCGGCCACACUCGACGACUACUUUCGCGACUACACCCGCCUGCUGCCCAGCAACCACGAGAUGCUGGUCGCGAAGGUGCAGUGGGCAUUGGCUCGGUCGUACAUGCAGGCCAUCCUGCAGCGCAAGAUCACCUUCAAGGGUUACGAGGAGCGUAAGGAUGCAGCCGAGAAGAUCAACCGAGAGAGUGACAAACUUGCAGAGUUCUUCAGGAAGGUUGCACCACCGUCAGCAGCGAGUUCGCGCAGGGGUGGCAGCAUGGGUUCGCACGGUUCCUCGCCGCUGGACGCCCUUCCGCUGCUCGCGGAGGUGCUCAAGAUGAAGGACACGAGCCUGCUCAGCCUGGAAGUGUCAGGACUCAUCAAGCGCUACCCGGACAUCUCGGGCGAGCACCUGCAGUCCCUGCUGCUGCUGCGCGGUGACAUGUCGCGCAAUGAGGCGCGCACCCUCGUGGCAGAGAUGCGCUCGGACGACCAGCCCCUGGCGGUCGGCGCACCCAAGAGCGUGUUCUCCGACAUUGUGCUCACGUAGCCCUUGCACGGGACACACGAGUGGAUUCGUUUUGGUGCGUCCGCGGGUGCGUGUGCUAGUGGAGACCACCUGCGGAGCAACACCUCUCGGCGACGGGACUAGAUCCUCGCCCCAAGGCAAACGGGAGGCCGACAAGAAACUGCUUACGGAAGCAGUUCAGCGGAGUAGCAGGACAGGGGUGUACACAGGUGCCCACGUGGGGGGCACCGGAGGGGGCAAAUGCCAACCUCCUGGGCUGUGUCCCUUGUUGAAUCCCCUCCCCCAUUCCCCUCAUCCCUGCCUCUGUAUGUCGCCUUGUUUCAUUCUAGCUACGUGCCGAUUAGUUGGAUAGUUGUCAAGUAUCUCGGAUGAAGUCACUCAGUAACGUUCCAACCGAAAUGAUGGUUCAGUAUUGACCUUAUAGAUUAAUCGCUGGGCUCAUUAUUUAGCACCCCGAGUCUUCACCAUGAUGUACAGUUGGAUGUACAGAUGGCCAUAAUUGUUUGAGAGACACGGGAUUUGCGAGAAAGCUGAAUUGUCACAAAGCCCAGGCACAUAUCCUCAGAUCAAUUAGUUUUUGUGCGCAGUAGCCUUUGCGACCUACGUAGUUAUUUAUUAAACUAGAACUGCUAUGCCUUAACAGGAACAGCAGUUCAUAUCUCUCACGCAGCCUAUGUCCUGCAAACAUCUGUGGCCUGCUGUAUGGGGCGCUGUUUUGAAUUACCCGACAUAAUUAUUCCCGAGUGAUUCAUGCGAUGAGAAAAAUAUUCAGCCCCUCCCAUAGGCUCUGGGGUGCCUUGUCACUUUUGCACCCUCACACCUUGUGUGCCUGUCUACGAGUAGUAAUGCUAGUAAUGAUAAUAAAUGGAUGUAAUGGAGCGCAAUGUAGUUAAAUGAAGUUAUGCUGUCACAAAAGUUUGUGGGCAGUCUACAUGAAAGUGCAUCCUAUUGCAACAUUGGUUACCAUGAUGCACUAAUAAAGUUCUUGAAAAGCAGUAAUGUCAGACCUCAAUUUAACAAAGUUGAUAUGACUUGUUAAACCCUUUCGCUAAAGUGUAAACAUGUAACGCAUUCGCGCAAAUAACCGUACACUUAUUGGAGAGCAAGAAAAAAAUAAUUCUUUUGCCUGCAUACACAUUAGUCUUCAUGAGAUCAUUGAUCACGUCUUGUGUGCCUUAAUGUGAGUGGCAUGCAUUCGUAACAGGUCAGGGGCAUCCGUCACAUGUACUGCGCCCGACACCAAAAUCUGUUGCACCAAUGUUUUCCCGAAACUUUGUCUAAUUAGGCAAGGUUCGUAGUUCAUUGGUUUGAGCAUGUUAAUGCAUUAGGUUGUAUGAAUGUGUGUUGGGAAAUCAAAAGCACUUCGUAAAAUUGAUUUAUUAAAUUGGAGGUCUGACUGCACUAUCAGUGGAAGAAAUUGAGAAAGCACGGGUUCCGAAAAAAAAAGAAAAAAGCCGUGAUUUUUGCUAAAGCUGAAAAAAACUGCAACAAGAAGUUAUCGAAACCCAGAGUUCUCACUUAUUUAGUUGUUCCCAGUCAGCCAUGCAGUAUUUUUGUGCAGUCUGGCUUUCCAAACUGUGAAAAAAAAAAAUGUUACAUUGUUUGUUAUACAUGCUUGCAUAGGAUGUUACUCAAUAUUCCUAGCAUUCCCGGGAACCAUGGAAAUACAGCUUUCUCAUGAAUUUCAUCUUUUACAAACUUUUAUCGCCGAUUGUAUGUGGCAGAUAACUGGUAUAAGUCAUGCUUGCUAUACACAAGCAGGAGUGGUUUGCACAAAAAAGCUUAGUGUUAUAUUUUGGUGCAAAAUUCUGUGUUGGUAAACUAAUGCUUUAGGUGGAGGUGUCAGGAGGGCCAGCUAUGGAGCUGCGGAAACAAAGCCAUGUGUUCAAUCACUUGUUCACUGUUUCGGGCAUCUCAUUGCCUAAAGAUACAUUUCAAAGAACAAGGUUGUCGGUUUAUGUCCGUGUUAUCAGUGGCAAGCUGGAUUAUCUCUAGCGAACAGCCGCACUGCAUAUAGCUAGAUUAACUCAAUCGCAAUGAUUCAUUGAUUUCAUAGAUGUGCUCGGAAUAACCAACUGGUAGAACCAAACGGCUUAGUUUGUACAUUCAAACCUAUAUAUAGCAAAGUAAAUAUGUUCUAGUUGCCAUCAGCAUACUAUAAGAAACUGCGUAUGUGCUUUACAACAGAUAAUGUAAUAGAGCAACUUUCAUGUCCGGUGCAAUGAUGUUUGGUUUUCUUAAAAGCAGCCUUUACGGAUUAAUUCUAAGUGUGACCUAAAAGAAGGUAAUUUGAUUUAAGGCUGCACAAGCUUUCCAAAUAAAAAGUUUAGUAAACUGCAUCAGUUGACUAUGGAGCUAUACGUGAGUGACAAUCUAGCAUGCUUGUUUGCCACGUGCCAUACCUCAGACAUUGCUGGAUGCUUAGCUAUCGACGGAUUGCAGGGCGUGCCGAGGUCAAGCAUUCAGGCCACAGGCGAAGCAAGACGGAGCUUCUCGGAGUGUCGAGGGUGCUCCUUAGCUGUACUUUGUUGAAGACAAAGCAGCGUCGGCUGUUUCAAAUUGCCACACACAUCGCAACAUUAUUUCGCAGUGUCCAACAGCUUUUCUCUCACUGCAGUCUGUAUGUACAUGAAUGUAGCAUUAACAUUGGUGGCUUGCUUGUAGCCUCCUUGAAAUUUGUGCACGUGUUGUCGUUUAUUUUGUUGUAUGCGUGUACAAGACUAUGUAUCAUGCUUAAUAUAUUGUUCUUGCUCGCCAGAGCACUUCCUGUGCAAAUGCUUCUUGACAUGCUUCAUUAAAUGACACUCUUGAACAGUAGUUUCUCUCUGACAUUGCAGCACAUGUACUGUCACUAUGCUGUAAUUAAAAGUUGUCUAUUAAAAAAAUUUUCAUCUCAC